UUGUCUCCUCCCUUUUUACAAUAUUAGUAUUAGCUCAUUAAUAGUACUUACUGAUAGUACUGAUAAUCCCUGGUUUACAGCCAUGGCUUCAUCUACAUUCUUCUCCAGCUUCAUCUUCCUCGUACUUUGUCUCACAGUUACCGCAAAAAAGACUUACAUUGUCCACAUGAAACAUCAAGACAAGCCACUGUCUUUUGAAACCCACCAUGAUUGGUACAGUUCAAGCUUGCAAUCACUCUCUGCCACCCCAGCUGAGUCCCUUCUCUAUUCUUAUAACACUGCGUUUAAUGGCUUCGCUGCUUCACUUGAUCCAGAGCAAGCUGAAGCUCUUAACAAAUCGGACUCUGUUUUGGGUGUUUUUGAAGAUACUGUUUAUAAUCUUCAUACGACUCGUACCCCGCAAUUUUUAGGCCUUGAUUCUGAGUUCGGGCUCUGGGAAGGCCAUAACACUCAGCAACUCGAACAAGCUUCUCGGGAUGUCAUUAUUGGAGUCCUUGACACCGGGAUUUGGCCGGAAUCUAAAAGCUUUGACGAUUCCGGCUUGCCGGAGAUUCCUUCUAAGUGGCGUGGUGCGUGUGAAUCGGCUCCUGAUUUCAAUCCCAAGCUUUGCAACAAGAAACUCAUCGGAGCCCGAAGCUUUUCGAAGGGCUACCAUAUGGCCACUGGUGGUGGUGGAAUUUACAAAAAGCCCAGAGAGAUCGAGUCCCCACGUGAUAAAGACGGUCAUGGUACCCACACUGCCAGCACCGCAGCUGGAUCUCACGUGGGCAACGCUAGCCUCCUCGGUUACGCAAGCGGAACAGCUCGCGGGAUGGCUACCCACGCUCGAGUCGCCGCUUACAAGGUUUGCUGGGAAACGGGUUGUUUCGGGUCCGACAUUCUGGCCGGUAUGGAUCGGGCUAUCCAAGACGGUGUCGAUGUUCUCUCCAUGUCCCUCGGUGGCGGAUCCGCUCCGUAUUACCGUGACACCAUCGCCAUCGGAGCUUUCACGGCGAUGGAGAAGGGUAUUUUCGUCUCUUGCUCCGCCGGAAACAGCGGGCCCACUAAGGCCAGUCUUGCCAACGUGGCGCCAUGGAUUAUGACGGUUGGCGCCGGGACAUUAGAUCGAGACUUCCCCGCCUACGCAGUUUUAGGAAAUAAAGUCCGUUAUAACGGUGUCUCGCUUUACAGCGGUCAAGGAAUGGGAAAUAAACCGGUCGGUUUGGUUUACAGCAAAGAUAAAAGUUCGAGUAAUUUAUGUCUGACCGGCUCACUUGAUCCGGCUUUGGUACGUGGGAAGGUAGUGAUCUGCGAUAGGGGAACAAACGCCCGAGUUGAAAAGGGAGCAGUCGUGCGCGACGCAGGCGGCGUUGGGAUGAUAUUAGCGAACACGGCGGUUAGUGGUGAAGAACUGGUGGCGGACAGUCACUUGUUACCUGCCGUGGCGGUGGGGAGGAAACUCGGCGACUUGAUUAGAGAAUACGCACGGUCCGAUCGCAAGCCGACGGUCGCCCUUGAGUUCGGUGGCACGGUGUUGGAUGUUAAGCCGUCACCAGUUGUUGCGGCAUUUAGUUCCCGCGGACCCAAUAUGGUGACUCCGCAGAUCUUGAAACCGGACGUGAUUGGACCGGGAGUCAACAUAUUGGCUGCUUGGUCCGAGGCCAUUGGUCCCACCGGCCUGGCCAAGGACACGAGGAAGACCAUGUUCAACAUCAUGUCAGGCACAUCAAUGUCGUGCCCACACAUCAGUGGGCUAGCAGCAUUGAUCAAGGCAGCUCAUCCGGAAUGGAGCCCAAGUGCGAUAAAAUCGGCUCUUAUUACCACGGCCUACACCCAAGACAACACCAACUCGUCUCUCCACGAUGCUGCCGAUGGUUCAUUUUCGAACCCAUGGGCUCGUGGUGCUGGCCAUGUUGAUCCCCAGAAAGCUCUUUCACCCGGCCUAGUGUACGAUAUCUCCAUCGAUGAAUACAUUACAUUUUUGUGCUCACUCGGCUACACCAUCGAUCAUGUCAAGACCAUAGUGAAGCACCCCAACAUUACAUGUUCGAGGAAAUUCAAUGAUCCCGGUGAACUCAACUACCCAUCGUUCUCAGUCUUGUUCGGGGACAAAAGGGUUGUUCGAUACACUCGCGAAUUAACAAACGUUGGCGCUGCACGGUCCGUAUACAAAGUCACAGUCAAUGGACCAUCGACAGUUGGGAUCUCAGUUAGGCCGAGGGCACUCACUUUUAGAACCGUGGGGGAAAAGAAGAGAUAUACCGUCACUUUUGUAGCCAAGAGAGGGACAAGCCCAAUGGCUAAACCUGAAUUUGGUUCAAUAGUGUGGGGCAAUGCACGAAACCAAGUUAAAAGCCCAGUUUCCUUCUCGUGGACAGAAUUGAGCGAUUGACAAGUUCAUUAAUUCUGGCUUCUUGUCACCCAUUAACAAGCCUCGCUCAGCACUAGUUUCCAUCCAGGAAAUCUGGUGUGCAGAAGGACCCCUCUAGUCCUGAAAAUGUCAUUUUUAAGAUUGAGAUUUGACUUGUUGUAAACAAGGCCCCUCAAUUCAAAAAAAGGGUCGUUUGUAAUA